GGGGUGUGCGUGGUAGAAGAAGGCAGGCUCGGCCGUAGAGAGACUCUCUCUUUGGAAAGCGUCUGGCUCCGAGUAUUCACUAGUGGGAGCUGGAGAGGGCAGGGAAAACGAAAUUCAGCAGCGCUCUCGCUCUCGCUCCCUCUCUCUGCGCCGGAGUCCGGGAGCAGCUGCAAGAGCCGGGCAGGGAGAGGGGAGAAGCUAGAAGCGGCGCAGAGAAAGAGGUGUCGAGGCGAGCUCCAGGGCCGGUGUGUGUGUGUGUGGGGGGGAGACUGGGGGAAAGCUCGCUCUUGCCACGACCUCCCUUCUGCUGGCCGAUGGGAAGCCCGGCGGCGCGGCUCUAUCCAGGAAACUCCAGCGCCCCGGAUUUGCAAGAAAUGGAUGGAGAACAUGGAAGGCCCUAGGACAAUUUGCCUCAGCCAACUCACCGCGGAACAAGUUCAGAGGGCUUCUUACUGUUAAGGAGAACAGUCUUCUAGCAACACAGUGGAAAUUGGCUAAAGGAAAGAUUGUGAAGGAGAGUCCCAGGGAAACCUCUAUCUCCCUCCACCUUGACUGACCGAUGGAAGUAUCUACCAAGGUUCUGCUGGCACAACUCAUCUGAAUUGCUGAGAGGCGGGAGCAGGAGAGCUCUCUGCGAACUGAGCAAGGGAAAAGAAGGGGACUACGAGCUGCUGCCGCUAUUACUGCUGCUGCUGCUGCAAUGAACUGGCUAGAUGAACCAAACUGGCAACUUCACAUUUCUUUCCUUGUGCUUCUCUCCAUUCACACGAAGGCAAACUUCCUAGACAGCAGGUCCUUGAGGAAUUCUGGGAAAGGAAACAUCGAUGCUAGGAAAGAAGACGGGGGGAGCACAGCAGCUGCUCCUGCCCAGAAGAAGCUGUGGUGUCACUGUCAUCACUAUUGUCCCGAAAAUUCAAAAAACAACACCUGCAGCACGGAUGGCUAUUGUUUUGCGAUGGUGAAAGAUGAAGAUACUGGAGGACAGACUUUUACUACAGGCUGCAUAGGUUUAGAAGGUUCUGACUUCCAGUGCCGAGACACUCCAUUAUCUCAACCAAGAAGAUUAAUUGCAUGCUGCACAGAUCAGGAUUUCUGUAAUAAAGAUCUUCACCCUACUCUGCCACCAUUAGAACAUCCAGCUUUUUCAAAGGGAAAUGUUCACCAGAAGGCUCUGCUAAUUUCAGUGAUUGUCUGUAGCAUACUCUUAGUGUGCAUCAUCAUAUUCUGUUACUUCAGGUAUAAAAGGCUAGAAAGCAGACGGCAACCUUCUCAUUAUAGCAUUGGACUUGAACAAGAUGAGACUUAUAUUCCACCAGGCGAAUCCUUGAAAGACCUCAUUGAGCAGUCACAGAGCUCAGGAAGUGGUUCAGGGCUCCCUCUAUUGGUACAGAGGACUAUAGCAAAACAGAUCCAGAUGGUGAAGCAGAUUGGCAAAGGUCGCUAUGGGGAGGUUUGGAUGGGAAAGUGGCGAGGAGAAAAAGUGGCUGUCAAAGUUUUCUUUACCACCGAAGAAGCCAGCUGGUUUCGAGAGACAGAAAUCUAUCAGACUGUUCUGAUGAGGCAUGAAAAUAUUUUGGGAUUCAUUGCUGCAGAUAUUAAAGGAACCGGAUCUUGGACACAGCUUUAUCUUAUCACCGAUUAUCAUGAAAACGGAUCUCUGUAUGAUUAUCUAAAAUCUACUACCUUGGAUACAAAAGCAAUGCUGAAAUUGGCAUAUUCCUCUAUCAGUGGACUGUGCCACUUGCAUACUGAGAUCUUCAGCACCCAAGGCAAACCAGCAAUUGCUCAUCGGGACCUCAAAAGUAAAAACAUUCUGGUGAAGAAAAAUGGAACUUGCUGUGUAGCAGAUCUUGGUCUGGCGGUUAAAUUCAUUAGUGAUACAAAUGAAGUGGAUAUCCCACCAAACACCAGAGUGGGAACCAAACGUUACAUGCCUCCAGAAGUGCUGGAUGAAAGCUUGAAUCGAAAUCACUUUCAGUCAUAUAUUAUGGCUGAUAUGUACAGCUUUGGACUCAUCCUUUGGGAAAUAGCAAGGAGAUGUGUUUCCGGAGGUAUUUUUGAGGAAUAUCAGCUUCCUUAUCAUGACCUUGUUUCCAGUGACCCUUCAUAUGAAGACAUGAGAGAAAUAGUAUGUAUCAAGAGAUUACGGCCUUCAUUUCCCAACAGAUGGAGUAGUGAUGAGUGCCUACGACAAAUGAGAAAAUUAAUGACUGAAUGCUGGGCUCACAACCCGGCUUCUCGGCUGACAGCCUUGCGAGUAAAGAAAACACUUGCCAAAAUGUCAGAGUCACAGGACAUUAAGCUUUGAGUCAGCUAACAAAAGCUAAAGCUCAGAAAAAAUGGACUUUCCUUCUGUGUCUCAAAGAGACAGGAAGAAGAAUGACAUACCUUCGGUAAUAUGAACCUUGAAUGCAGAUUUUGGCAAAGUAUUUGCCCACUGGGGCAGAAACCUUUCCAGAGGAAAGAAACAUGGCCCAGUUGAGAAUUUUUUGUUUCCUGUAUGACCGGACAAAGAAGACGUUCAGCCUCCUUGGAGAUUGAAGCAAGCCAAUGUAUCGAUAAUUGUUUCUAGACUAUAUAUGCUGCUUUCUGUGAAAGCCUUUAUUAUUAAUAUUGUUAUUAAUAUUUGAAGUUUUUAAUUUUCAUGGAAAUGAAUCAUUGCAGUUACAAAGUCCAAGGAAAUAAUUAUUUUCUAACGCUAAAAAAAAA